CCCGUCCUACUAUUACAGGCCAUAUCUUCCAAGCAGAAGAUGAGCCCGCCCAGAGUCACUUCCAAAGCCAUCAGAGGAGCUAGGGGAGCCACCAUGACGUCGCCGUUGCUCAAGGCACACUCUCACGCCGCGGCCGCGCUGCACCCCCGGAGGAGAGCCGACCUCCAUGGCCGCUGCCCUGCCACCGUCCACCUCGGCAGGUCCCAUGACCACGGGUUCACGUCCAGCCGUUGUUCCAAGAGGUCGGGUUCGGCGAAGGUGAAGGCGUUCCCGUCGCUGGACGUGGUGCCGCUGAUGGUGACGAUGGUGGAGCACGUGGAGAUGUCGCGGGACUACGUCGUCACCAAGUCCAUCUGGCACCUCAGCGACGCCACCCUCAAGAGCGUCUACACCUUCUACGCCAUGUUCACGGUCUGGGGCGUCUGCUUCUUCGCGUCCAUGAAGGAUCCCUUCUACGACAGCGACGCGUACAGGAGCCAGGGGGGCGAUGGAACCGUGCACUGGUACUACGACAGGCAAGAGGACCUGGAGGCGUCUGCGAGGGAGGAGCUGAUGAGGGAGGAGCUGCUGGAGGAGAUCGAGCUGAGGGUCGGCGGGCUCAGGGAGCUGGAGGAAGCAGGCAGAGAGGAGCAGCUCACCAAGUGAAGAAGAUGGGUGGAUGAGGCAGAGAGGAGCAGCUCACCAAGUGAAGAAGAUGGGUGGAUGGUGCAAGUUAGCUAUCUGAACUUUGCAUGGAUCACAAAUUAACUUAUGUGCUGCACGUGUUUGUAUAUGCUGAAACACCUGAACUGCACUGUAAUGGCAAGAUAUAUACAGUUUCUUGGCCGCGCAUCGGCUAGUGUAUGUUCGCGUCAACAUGCAAACGUGUUCGACAGAUUUUAGUCCAGAUAACGCAUGAUUGGAUGCCAUUUUCCC